AUUGAGGCGCGGGGGCGGGACUUGUGGAGAGCGCCAGCCCGGCUCGCUCAAGCUCGCCGCACCCGCCAGCCCCCAGCCUUGAGACCCUAGCGACUUGCCACUUCACUGGACUGCUGCUCCGGCCUCGAGUUGCCUUGCUGUGACGGUCUUCCACGACGCACACAAGUCUUUCGUUUUUUUUUUUAAAAAAAAACCUUUCCAAAGAAAUAGAAUAAGCGUCAAGCUGGCGGGAACGAUGGGUCACAUAAAGAAAGGCGAGCUGACCCAGGAGGAAAAGGAACUGCUGGAAGUGAUCGGGAAAGGUACCGUCCAAGAAGCCGGAAGACUCUUGUCUAGUAAGAAUGUUCAUGUCAACUGCUUGGAUGAGAAUGGAAUGACUCCUUUGAUGCAUGCAGCCUAUAAAGGGAAACUCGAGAUGUGCAAGCUCCUCCUGCGCCAUGGAGCUGACGCCAGUUGCCAUCAGCAUGAGCACGGGUACACAGCCCUCAUGUUUGCUGCGCUUUCCGGUAAUAAAGACAUCACUUGGGUCAUGCUGGAAGCAGGCGCAGAGACCGAUGUUGUGAACUCGGUGGGAAGAACUGCUGCCCAGAUGGCAGCCUUUGUGGGUCAGCAUGAUUGCGUGGCUAUCAUCAACAAUUUCUUCCCUCGAGAGAGACUGGAUUAUUACACUAAACCCCAGGGACUGGAUAAAGAGCCAAAACUGCCUCCAAAGUUGGCAGGCCCACUACACAAAAUCAUCACCACAACGAAUCUCCACCCUGUCAAGAUCGUGAUGCUCGUGAGUGAGAACCCUCUGCUGGCAGACGCAGCUGCUCUCGGUAAAUGCUACAGGGUGAUGGAUUUGAUCUGUGAGAAAUGCAUGAAACAGAGAGACAUGAAUGAAGUGUUGGCUAUGAAAAUGCACUACAUCAGCUGCAUCUUUCAGAAAUGCAUUGCCUUCCUCAAAGAAGGAGAGAAUAAGCUGGACACCCUGAUCAGAAGCUUGUUGAAAGGCCGAGCGUCUGAUGGCUUCCCGGUGUAUCAGGAAAAGAUCAUCAGAGAAAGCAUCCGGAAAUUUCCAUACUGUGAAGCCACACUCCUACAGCAGCUGGUGCGAAGCAUCGCUCCAGUUGAAAUUGGUUCUGACCCCACUGCAUUCUCUGUGCUUACUCAAGCCAUCACAGGGCAAGUGGGCUUUGUGGAUGUUGAGUUUUGUACCACCUGUGGAGAAAAAGGAGCAAGCAAAAGAUGUUCGGUUUGUAAAAUGGUAAUAUAUUGUGACCAGACCUGCCAGAAGACACACUGGUUCACACAUAAGAAGAUGUGUAAGAGUCUGAAAGAUGUCUAUGAGAAGCAACAGACUGAAGCUGCCAAACAUAAGAGACAGGAGGAAAAGAAUGGAAACCCUGAUGUCAGUUCUAACCAUGUCAAUGAAGAUCAACCAGAAGCUGAAGAGGGCAUCACUCAAGAAAAUUCCAUUCCUAGCGAUUCUGUGGAAGGGAAGAAAGAAGCUGCUAAUGACACUGGACUGGCCAGUGCACAGGACGCUCCUACAGGGCCACAGCUGUCCGAGGAGUAAAAGCUGUCGACAGUGGCCGGCAUGGGUGGUCUUCAUCCUGGCCAAUAGCUGCAGAACUCAUGUGAAUGUACCUUCAUUUGCUCUGACACUGCAUGGCACAGUGGCAGGAUUGCACCUCCCUAGAGUAGAGGCUUUCAAGCAAAGCUGCCUCCCACGUCUUGAUUUCCUGUUGAUUUCUGUUCUAUAACUGAACAGGCAUUUCUGAGGAAUUUCUUUCUUUUCUUUUCUUUUCCAAAAUACACAAAAACAAGUCCAUUCCUUUGCUGGCUCCUCAGUGACAAAGGAGAAGAAAUCAUCUUAAAGAAGAAAUCUGGGUCCUAGGGAACAAAGAGAACAGGGAAGAUGUAGAAAGAGGUGAUAUUUAGGAAAGAAGGAAUCGUGGGCACUGAGAUGGGCAGUCAGAGACACAAAACUUACCUGUGAAUGUUGUCCUCAAGUUGGACAUACAAAGCCGUAAUGAGGAAGGAUCUCUGUUCUUAAAGCUUUGCCAUAGUUGAGUCUCCUGUAGUAUAACCAGGAAUUGUUGAGAGCACUUUGAACCCUCUGUUCCUUGCAGAGAUACGCUACAUGAUUUGAACAAUCAGAAAGGUUGGAUCCAACCCGGGGUAGUCACUGUGUGUGUAUUUCCCGUAGAACCACCCAUGCACCAUCCUCCCCACCCAGAAGACCAACACUUAUCUUCCCAUCAGCCUUUCCUGACCCUCCUCCUAUCCAGAAACUGUGAUUUCUUGCUGUCAUUUCCGAGAAUGUCCCAUUCUGUGUUUUCAGUGUCCGGGGCAUGUACGCAAAGCUGGAGUGUCCUGUCUGAAGAAGGUGCUGUCUUUCCGUUCCCUCUGUUGGCUUUAAAAUAAAUCUAUCUACAUGCACAGUU